GUUGGCUUGAAUGGCGGCUGCUUCCGAGAACAGGUCAUCGGCGUCCUCAGUGCAUGUUUAUUUGCCGGGGGACACGGUACCGAUAGAGGCUGGUGUGGUGUCAAGCUGUGAUCCCAAUUCGGUCGGGUUCGGGAUAAGACUGGAUGAGGACUGUCCGAAAGCUGCUGUGGCUGGUUUGCUCUCAGUGGAGUCCGCGGUAUCAGAUAUCCCAUGUUUUGACAAUACGCGAAAACGAUACAUUCCGAGAAGAGGUGACAUGGUGCUCGGUGUGGUAGUGCAGCGUACUGCCGAAUUCUACAGAGUUGACAUCAAUGGCCCGACGGGAACUGCCAACCUACCGACUCUGGCAUUCAACGGUGCCACCAAACGUCACAAGCCGAAUCUUAGUCCGGGCGAUCUCGUGUACUGUCAUGUCACUGUAGCUGAUCGGGACUUGGACGUGGAGCUGAGCUGCGUUGAUCCCAGCACAACUAGAGACUGGACACACAAGGACGUAUACUUUGGGCACCUCGCUCCUGUCGAUGGUUGCUGUGGAUUACAGGCGACGGUUCCUUUGUGGCAGGCGAAAUCACUACAGGCUACUGGUUCUACUGUUAUGGCCAGUCUCGGGCGACAUUUUGUCUUCGAAUCUGCCAUUGGUUUGAAUGGCCGCUGUUGGAUAUCAGCUGCUGCUCCGAACGUUGCUGUGAUGGUAAGUAGGAUAUUGUCAGGCAGCCAUAAGCUCAGUCAAGCUCAUAUGGAAGCUAUGUGUUCUAAGAUGGCGAAGCAACUUGCUUGAUGAACAGUAUCACUGU